AUGUCUGAGAAGAGGUUCUGUAACGAGGAUGACUGCUCCUCGCUCCUUUCCCGACUCGGUUCUGACUCUCCUCGUCCUCGAAUGAAGUUUGGAGGAAUGUUCUGUAACGUGGAAGGAGCUUUUGAGAACAAAACUCUGAACUUUGAGUCCUUCAGUCCUCGGGCGCUGCGACGUGGAGCAACUCUGACCCAAAUGGGGCAACAUGGAGGAGCCACAGCAGGAGGAGGCCAGUCCGUAGUUUUUCCAUCUGGACCCACCCGGGUGAACCAUGGCAAGAAAGAGGGUGACCGUCUGAUCAUCAAAGGAGGAAAGAUUGUCAAUGAUGACCAGUCGUUUUACGCAGACGUCUACAUCGAGGACGGGACCAUCAGACAGAUCGGUGAGAACCUGAUUGUCCCACCUGGUGUGAAGACGCUGGAUGCGUACAGUCAGCUGGUGAUCCCUGGAGGAAUCGAUGCCAACACCAACCUACAGAGUCCGCAGAAAGGCCUGAACCCGUCCGAUGACUUCUACCAGGGAACCAGAGCCGCCCUGUUUGGAGGGACCACCACCAUCAUUGACCACGUGCUGGUGGACCCAGGAACUAGUUUACUGUCAGCAUUCGAUCAGUGGAAGGAGACGGCAGAGCAGAGGGCGUGCUGCGACUUCUCGUUCCACCUGGACAUCACGCGAUGGCACGAAGGCCUGUACGAGGAGCUGGAGACACUCGUCAAAGAUAAAGGUGUGAACUCCUUCCUGUUCUUUAUGGCCUACAAAGACCGAUACCAAAGCUCUGACUCUCAGCUUUAUGAGGCAUUUGGGGUCCUCCGGGAUCUUGGAGCUGUCGCUCAGGUCCAUGCUGAGAAUGGUGACAUCAUUGAUGAGGAGCAGAAGAAACUUCUCAGUGUUGGCAUUACUGGACCUGAAGGCCAUGUUUUAUCCCACCCUGAAGAGGUGGAGACCGAGGCGGUCUACCGAGCCAUCACCAUCGCCAAACAGGCAAACUGCCCACUCUAUGUCACCAAGGUGAUGAGCAAGUCUGCCGCUGACGUCAUCGCCAAAGCCAGGAAGAAAGGUGUGGUUGUGUAUGGGGAACCAAUCACAGCUGGUCUGGUCACUGAUGGAUCUCACUACUGGUCCAAAGACUGGGCCACGGCGGCUGCCUUUGUGAUGAGCCCCCCCCUAAACCCGGACCCUUCUACGCCCCAGUACCUGACCUCUCUGUUAGCAUGCGGAGAUCUCCAGGUGACCUCCAGCGCUCAGGCCUGCUUCUCCACAGCUCAGAAAGCUGUCGGUAAAGACGAUUUCACUCUGAUCCCAGAAGGAACCAACGGCAUCGAGGAGAGACUGUCGGUGGUGUGGGACAGAGCUGUGUCCACAGGAAAAAUGGAUGAAAACGAGUUUGUGGCAGUCACAAGCACCAACGCUGCAAAACUCUUCAACAUGUACCCUCGCAAAGGGAGGAUUGCUGUUGGAUCUGAUGCUGAUAUUGUCAUUUGGAACCCAAAAGAGACUCGAACUGUUUCUGCAAAGACUCACAACCUGACUGUGGAGAUAAACAUCCUGGAGGGUUUGGAGCUUCGAGGUGUUCCAACUGUGGUGAUCAGUGGCGGUCGAGUUGUUGUGGAAGAUGGACAGCUGAACGUGACUGAAGGCUCCGGAAGAUUUAUCCCAAGAAAGGCUUUUCCUGACACCGUCUACAAGAGGAUUAAAGCCCGCAGCAAGAUGGCAGAGGCUCGCGGUGUUCCCCGAGGAAACUAUGAUGGGCCAGUCCAUGAUGUCAUCAGUAUGACCAAAUCAAUCCCACCAACUCCAACCACCAGGGGGCCUACUGGCCCUAAAACCAUAACUGGCCCCCGAAAUCUCCACCAAUCGGGAUUCACCCUGGCAGGGGCUCAGAUUGAUGAUCACAUUCCCCGUCGCUCUGCUCAGAGGAUUGUGGCGCCACCUGGAGGACGUUCCAACAUUACAUCAUUGUCUUAACAUUAAUGUUUUAAUUUGUUUCUCCUACUAAGUUUUGAGGAACUGUUUCUACGUGAUACAGCUGAAAUCAGUGGACCUUCCCGGUGGUUCCACAUUGAAACUGACCCCCUUGUAACCCUGAUCUGUAGCUCUAGUUUAAUUCUUCACCUGAAAUACUAUAAGAUGCACCGCGUCUCCUGAGCUCAUGUCAAACUCUUUGUGCAACAUAUCUGUGAACUUUAGUAUUGAAUGUAGCAGUCCUUUAUUCCUUCCAGUAGUUCUUAGUCGUAAAUUCAUCCUGUGUAACCUGAACCCCAUAAGAACUGGAUCCAUCCCACCAACUUCCUCAGUACCAGACUAUAAAGCGACGUCACCUGACCAACCACCACAGCAGCAACAGAAGCAGCCUGUGAGUAGAUCGAUGUCAUCUGCUGCGACCUCACAGAGGCACACCAGACAGUGAUACCGCUGUGACAUCACUAACGCUGAAUUAAUGCACCAAUCAGGCCUCAACUGAGCACCUUUCAUAAAACACUGGCAUCUUUUGGCCGUCUGCAUGCAUUAUGUGAAAGGAACGAUGCAGUGAGGUGGUUGAAGUCAGCCGGCCUCUGGUAGACCCCUGACCCACCAGGUAGUCAUCAGCUGACUUAUUGGGGCAGACGGGCUUUGCAGGUCGUCGGAGUUAUGCAGUGAUGACGUUGGUUUGUGUAACCAGUCAGCUGUAGGAUGUUAUAGUAUAAACAAGACUUAAAAAUCAUUUUGAGGAGUAGAGUGAGAUAAAAAAGGUCUCAUAACAGCUCAAAGUAAAGCCUGAAUUAUAUUUUAGCACACUUGCUUCCCCAUGAGGCCCAGGAUUGGUUCUGCUCCCAUCCUGGUCAGCCUUUGGCUCCUGUAUUACAAAACACAAAGCCUCCAUCUCAUCAUUUCAGUUUAGCCAGACGAAGCCCUGGUAGCAGCGCUGGGGGAAAUUUAGAUUAUCCCAGAACCGUGGUCAUUCAUCAUGUUCAGACGCUCCCAGCUCUAAAGUAACUUCAUCAACUCAUUCUGCCAAUCAGCGGUAGCUCUCGGUUCUCCUCUCCUGACUGCUGAUGGUGCUAAAUCACACAGCUGUAGCCAAUCAUUAGCAUCCCAUAUGAAGCCUCCUGCAAUCAACUGCUGAGGGCUUUUAAUUUGAAAGGGCUUGUCCCAGAGGGACAGAGUUCACAGCCUUACCCUGCAGGUAGAGAUUCAUUGACAUCACAUGACCCCACAGCCUGUGAUGUCUGUCACGUUUUUUAUGUGGUGUUUUGUAAGAGUUUGGGAUAAUUUUGUAAAUUUACCGUUUUUGUACCUUGUCUGUGAUUGGUUCAAUUUAUGUUAGUCCAAUUAUUGACCUCAUUUUGAAUGGAGUCAUUUUGAAUCCAUUUGUGAUAGCAUUGACCAGAUCCGCUUACCUUUUACAACAGACUAAUGACUGAACCCAUUGUUCUCACCUGACCCGGUCCCAGUCCAGGUUCACACCUGAGCAGAUUCAUGGCGCAUCGGAGGAGAUGGAUGCAGGAAAACAGAUGCAGUCUUCACGCAUCUUGGGGGAGUGGUGGGAACUAAUGUUGGUUCUAAUGUCAGGUUAUGGGUUUGGUGGAACUGGUGUUCAGUAGAAACUUGGUUUCUGGGUUUGGUGGACCUGGCAUUGGGUCAGGACUCAAUGACCAUGGCCCUCAGCACUUCUCCAUCCUCCCACUAGGUGCUUCCUCUCUGAGCCGGUCAGUGUGCUAAGAACAUGUUGAGUUUGAGGUCAUUGUCAGAGCUCUGUAAAGCAGGGCAACCAUUGGCUGAACACUAAGGUGGGUGGAGUCACCUGGUCUGAAGUGAAGCCAGCACCAGCUCCACCUUGCUAUGGAAACGUGUCCUAAACAGGAAGUCCAACUUUUAAUAAGCGUUCUUUUUUAUAUUGACACAAAGUCCACUGCUCACCAGAGCAGCAGGUGCUCAGUUUAGUUUCAGGUUCAAACCAAUUAAUCCCAGGUUACCUGAAUUUUUAACCAGGAUUAGUUUGGCAGGCUGUCCAACACAGCAGCUGGUGGUUUCUGGUCAUCGUUCUGGUCCUCUCACUUCUGCUUGGUGAUCAUAAACACCAGUGAAUGACCAUCAGGAAAGUAGCAACCACACCUGUGAUGUAGAAGGUCUUGUGAUGGAUGUAAUUUGUAGUUGUAAUGACAGUUGCAUGAAUAAAGGGUGAAGAGGAAAAGCCA